AUGGGAUACUACGACGAAGACGGCCACUACCACUCCUUCCGUCACGGUCUCCACAAGGCCGCCGAUCGCGUGCUCCACCCAUUCGAAGGCGGACGUCACCACCACCACGAACACGAAUCCCACCACGAGUCCCGCGAAGAAGACGUCGUUGUCCGUGACCGCGAAGUCACCAUGUCUGCCCCACGUGAACGCUCCACCUACAGCACCGGCCGACCGGUCGGUGCUCCCAACACCAUCACCAUCCCCUGCCACCACAUCCGCAUCGGCGACCUUUUGAUCCUACAGGGCCGUCCUUGCCAGGUCAUCCGCAUCACCACCUCGGCCCAGACUGGUCAGCACCGUUACCUCGGAGUCGACCUCUUCUCCAAGCAGCUCCAUGAGGAGUCAUCCUUUGUCAGCAACCCCAGCCCAUCGGUUGUUGUCCAGAACAUGAUCGGACCUGUCUUCAAGCAGUACCGUGUCUUGGACAUUCGUGAGGAUGGCCGUGUUGUCGCCAUGACCGAGACUGGUGACGUCAAGCAGGGCCUUCCCGUGCUUGACCAGAGCAGCUUGUUGAACCGCUUGACGGACUCUUUCAACAAUGGACGGGGAAGCGUGAGGGUUCUUGUCAUUAGUGAUGAGGGUCGCGAGCUUGCUGUGGAUUACAAGGUUGUCCAUGGCAGCAGGUUGUAG